ACGCCUUUGUUCUUCCUGCAUCUCCCACUCCUUGAUCCUCUUCUUCGUUCUCUGAAUCCCGAAUUUUCUUUGAAUAAUUUGUAGUUGGUUUUGAUUACUGAAACUCAGACUCUUUUUUUUAUCAAAUUUCGAUUUUUGUGGUUGAGCUGUUGAAAAUAGCAGAGCCUAGGACCGUCGGUGGGAGAAAUCCGGUUUUGGAGACAUCAGCGGCUUGGUUUAGAGUUCACAGUGUCUGGACAGAAUGGAGUUUUUGUGGGAUAUGUAAACAAGUAAGUUAGAUCAGACAGAGAAGUGAGUAUGGAAAAGAGACGGGCAAGAAAGUUGGUGAAAGAGAAGGUAGAUGUCGAUAACAUUGAUGAUAGCUGGAGGUGGUUGGUUCACAAAGGAAUUGGGGCUGCAUUCUUGUGUAUUGCAGUGUUUGCAUUAUUAAUUCGAGUGGCCACAUCAUUUCAUUCAUACUCCGGUGCUGGAAAUCCCCCGAAGUUUGGUGACUACGAGGCACAGAGGCAUUGGAUGGAAAUAACACUUAAUCUCCCUGCUAGAGAGUGGUACCGUAACAGCACCAGCAACGAUCUCAGUUACUGGGGACUUGACUACCCUCCCCUCACUGCCUACCAGAGUUUUUUCCAUGGUCUUUUCCUCAGAAAAUUUUAUCCAGAAUCAGUUUCACUCUUCACUUCUCGUGGUCAUGAAUCCUAUCUGGGGAAACUGCUGAUGAGGUGGACAGUUUUAUCUUCUGAUUUCCUCAUAUUUUUUCCUGCAAUUCUUUGGUUUGUUCUUGUGCAUUAUGGUGGUCGGUCAAGUAGCAGUAAUAGCGAUAUAGCAUGGCACAUAGCGAUGCUUCUACUUAGUCCUUGUGUGAUCUUAAUUGAUCAUGGUCAUUUUCAGUACAACUGCAUUAGCUUGGGACUCACUGUGGCUGCUGUUGCUGCCGUCCUCUCUCAGAAAGACCUUGUAGCUUGUGUUCUGUUUAGUCUUGCCCUCAACCAUAAACAGAUGAGCGCAUACUUUGCACCUGCUUUCUUUAGCCACCUCUUAGGUAAAUGUUUCAGACGUCGAUACCCAGUGCUUGAGGUGGCAAAGUUGGGCUUGAUGGUCUUGGGAACAUUUGCUGUCGUAUGGUGGCCGUAUCUUCAUUCGACCGACGCCCUUUUUAGGGUUCUCUCUCGUCUUGCCCCUUUUGAGAGAGGCAUAUACGAGGAUUAUGUGGCCAACUUUUGGUGCACCACAUCAAUCCUAAUAAAGUGGAAGAGGUUAUUUACUACUCAGUCACUGAAGCUUCUCAGCCUCGCUGCAACUAUCCUAACUUGUCUGCCCUCAAUGGUUCAGCAAGUCUUAGCUCCAAGCAACAAAGGUUUCCUUUAUGGACUGCUGAAUUGCUCUCUGUCUUUCUACAUGUUCUCAUUCCAAGUACAUGAGAAAUCGAUUCUGCUGCCACUUCUGCCUGCUAGCUUAUUGGCUAUGGAGUUUCCUCGUCCCUUCUGGUUAUUAACACAUUAUGCCAUGUUCUCCAUGUUUCCUCUUUUGUGUCGUGAUAAAUUGGUGUUGCCAUAUGUGGCUUUGUAUGCUCUAUUCAUGCUUAUCUAUCAUGCACCUUGUGGGAGACGAGAUGAUGGGAAAACCCACCGUUUUGCUUCUCUUACCUCUCUCCCGAUUUUAGUGACCUUUGUUUAUCUGUUCUCACUUAUUCUUCAUCUCAUUUACUUGACCAUUCGUCCUCCAGAGAGGUAUCCUUAUCUUUUCGAAGCUGUAAUUAUGCUUCUCUGCUUUUCUCACUUUGUGGUGUUCGCUUUUUACACCAAUGCAAAACAAUGGAGGUUGUUGAGCAAAUUUACAUCAACAGAGAAGGAAAAGAAGAUGAUUUGAUCUUUGUACUCCUGAUGUUGUGUUCAUUUUAGGUUUUGCUUAGAUUUUGUAUUGAAGUGAAACUUGGCAAAUGCCGAUGUACAAACAUGUAUCAAUUUGACUGAUACAGGUGGUUCAUGGUUAUUUUCCAUUCUUAGUAACUUUGUGCUAGCAAUCAACAUUGGAUUUUUUUAUAACUUAUGUUCAGGCAUCCCAUGAAGUGCUGCUGAUGCUUAAAAGAGGUCUUGAGCA